AACAAGUUCAAAAUAAGUGAGGCACCAACUUGGCAUCAUCACCCUUGCAAUCAAAACCCGUGUCCAUAUUGCUGCCCAAGACCACCCCUGUGUCCUGAUUUCCAAAAUUAACCGAUCCCACCAGAGCCCUCAGAACAUUAUUUUCUCCGAGCAAAAGAUAGAUCACACCACACAACAGAUGCCACAAGUACUCCACACUCGCUGCUGCUGUUGCUGCUGCUCUACCUGCUUCUUUGCCUGAGGCUCCUGUUUUACGGGCUGGUGUGCUUUUGCAUAUUCUACGCCCUCUUGAAUACCUGGCUAGCUUCGGCUCCAUCUCCGUUUGCCUCAGAUAAAGACAAGGCAUGGAAGUUUGUGGACAAGUCAUCACCUUAGUGGGACUGUAAUAAUUAGCACCACCCACUACUUUUCAUUCCAACUCUUGCUUUCAUCGCCAUAUUCAAUAAAGCUACACCCAAAGCACAAAAGCCAUAUCUUUGAUCUUCUUGUCUCCACCUCUUUCUUCACAUCAGUAUGGGCUCCAAAAACUCAAAUUUGGCAAUCUCAUACACCUUGGUGUUGCUGCUUGUUGGCUUUGCAAGCUCAGACUUGGACCAAGACAAGGCAGCAUGUGCAGAUCAGCUAGUCGGACUCGCCACGUGUCUACCUUUUGUCGGUGGUGAUGCCAAAGCUCCGACCCUAGACUGUUGCACUGGCCUAAAGCAAGUCAUUGAGAAGAGCAAGAAAUGCCUGUGUAUCCUAAUCAAGGACAGAGAUGAUCCCAAUCUUGGCCUCAAGAUAAAUGCAACACUUGCACUAGCCCUCCCAACUGCCUGUCAUGCACCCGCUAACAUAUCUGAGUGUGUUACUCUUCUGCAUUUGGCACCUAAUUCAACGGAGGCUAAAAUAUUUGAGGGACACUUGAACAGCACCGAAGGGAGCACUACAACAACGGUUGGCAGCGUUAAAGGGUACUCCCCCAGCAAUGCAUCGAGUAGUGCUGAUGAAAAAAUUGGUGGUGGAUUGGGAAAGUGGAGGUUGGGAUGGAGCAAAGAUGUUUCGUGGGAUUUUACUAUAGCAUUUCACAUCUUACCUACUUUCUCAUAUUUUGUAAUAUUUUACGGCCCUCCGUAAUGGUCAUUGUUGUUAUUGCUUGUAGUUUUUCAGAAAAACAGAAAUAAUUGUAUGCGCAGACCCAUUCAUAUCAAA